AUGAUAGAAGAGGGUUUCAAGCCAAAUACUGUUCUUUGCACUUCUCUUAUAAAACACUUCUUCUGGAAUAGAGAUCCCGAAUUUGCAUUUAGGUUGGUUGAUUUGAUGACAAGAAGUGGGGUUGAGCUAGACCUGGUAACUUAUAUUACGUUGGUCAGUGGUGUUUCUAGAAAUAUUAGCUCACUUGAUCGGAAAUGGCUUCUUCCACAGGGACAGUACGAAGAAUCUAAGGAAAGGUUGUUCAGUCUACUUCAGAGUGCUAUGUUGCCUGAGAAAAAAUUAACCUCAGUUAUCUCUCAGGAAGAAGUUAAAUCUCGUGCACUUCGGCUGAUAAACGAAGUGAACAACAGUCCCCUAAUGCAUAAUUUGUACUUGUAUAAUGGCAUAAUUUCUUGCUUUUGCAGGACAAAGAUGAUGAAAGACGCAUACAACCGCUUUAAGUUGAUGCAAAAUGAAGGCCUCCAACCAAAUCAAGUUACUUUUACUAUUCUAAUUGAUGGGCAUUUCCGAAGUGGGGAGGUUGAUUGUGCGGUUACUCUUUUCAACAUUAUGAUUGAGCGGAAUUGUCCUCCAGAUAACAUUGUGUACAACACUUUAAUAAGAGGUCUAUGCAAGCAUGGAAGGCUCAUUGAUGCUCUAUCGCUCUCAUACACACUAAUGCUAAAAAAAGGAUUGGCCCCUUCUAAGGCAUCAUAUGAAAAUCUUCUCAGUUCUCUUUGUGCUAAUAAUUGGAGUGGUGAUGCAGUGAAGAUAUGUCAAGAUAUGCUUGCAAAUGAAUAUGUCCCUUGUACCCGUAAUCUUGAGUUGUUGCUUUGUAUACUAAAUGAAAAAGAGAAGUGA